AGCUAGAAGGCGUGCGGCUCCGCGUAGCUGUGGAAUGUGUGGAGAGAGCGGUUGAUGUCGGGCGUUCGGAUCGCAGGAGCGCGCGCGCGCGGGCACGGUGGAGGAGAGGCGAAUGAAGACGGGAGAUUAAAGAUGAAUAUUAAAGAAGAAAACGCAAUGGCGAUGACGUUCAUGCGGGCGCUGUUCUGUGUGGGGCUGCUUUUAGCGCUGAUCGCUGCGGAGCCGGCGCAGGCCCUGCUGCUGGAGCCAGACAACCUGCUGGUCAUAACUGCUGCCACAGAGGAGACAGAUGGCUUCAGCAGGUUUAUGCGCACAGCUCACCAGUUGAACUACACAGUGAAGGUGCUGGGCUUGGGUGAAGAGUGGAGGGGGGGUGAUGUGGCUCGCACAGUUGGUGGAGGUCAGAAGGUUCGCUGGCUGAAGAAAGAGCUGCAAAAGUACAGUGAACGACAGGACCUGGUUAUCCUCUUCGUGGAUAGCUAUGAUGUGAUCUUUGCCAGUGGGCCCCAGGAGCUGCUCAAGAAGUUCUCCCGCAUGAGCCAUCGUGUAGUGUUCGCUGCUGAAGGCUUCUGCUGGCCAGACCAGCGGUUAGCACCCAAGUACCCACCCGUGCACACUGGAAAGCGCUACCUGAACUCAGGAGGCUUCAUCGGCUAUGCCCCCGAGCUCAGUGCCAUAGUGCAGCAGUGGAAGCAGAAGGACAAUGAUGACGACCAACUCUUCUACACCAAGAUCUACUUGGACAAGAAUCAGCGGACAAAACUGAACAUGACCCUGGACCAUCGCUCACAGAUCUUCCAGAACCUCAAUGGAGCCAUUGAUGAGGUGGUGCUGAAGUUUGAGAAGGCACGAGUCCGUGUGAGGAAUGUGGCGUUUGACACACUACCUGUGAUUAUUCAUGGCAAUGGACCCACCAAGCUUCAGCUGAACUAUUUGGGGAACUACGUGCCUACAGCCUGGACCCAUGAGAUGGGUUGUGGAAUCUGUGAUGAUGACCUUCUGGAUCUCAGUGAGGUGCUGGAUGAGGAGAUGCCCAUAGUACAAAUUGCCGUGUUCAUUGAGCAGCCGACCCCUUUUUUGGCUGAGUUCCUUAAAAGACUGACCACCAUGAACUAUCCGAUGAGCCGCUUGCGGCUUUUCAUCCACAACAAUGUUGUUUAUCAUGAGCAGCACGUACAGCGGUUCUGGGAGCAGUACCGUACUCUCUUCCCAGAGGCCCGGGUCAUUGGACCUGAGGAGAACAUGCAGCAGGACGAGGCUCGGACGAUGGCAGUGGAGCUCUGUCAUCAGGACUCCACAUGUGAUUAUUAUUUCAGCAUUGAUUCCGAUGUUGUGCUUGUGAACCCUGACACACUGAGAAUCCUCAUCGAGGAGAACCGAGCGAUCAUUGCACCCAUGCUGUCCCGACAUGGCAAACUGUGGUCCAAUUUCUGGGGAGCCCUAAGCCCAGAGGGCUACUACUCGCGUUCUGAGGACUACAUUGAAAUUGUUCAAGGGAAGCGCAUUGGCUUGUGGAAUGUUCCCUACAUUAACCAAGUGUACCUGAUUCAGGGAGCCACGCUCCGCAACCGCUUAGCUCAUGUCAGCCUCUUCUCUCAGGAUGGCAUGGACCCUGACAUGGUCUUCUGCAGGACUGUGCGAGACCAGGGUGUGUUCAUGUUUGUGUCAAAUAGGGACGAGUUUGGACGGCUCAUCUCCACUGCCAACUACAACACCAGUCACCUGUACCCUGACAUGUGGCAGAUCUUUGACAACCCAGUGGACUGGAGAGAGAAAUAUGUCCAUGAGAACUACUCCAAGAUCUUUGAGGAGAAUGAGAAUAUUGUGGAGCAGCCCUGCCCUGAUGUGUACUGGUUCCCAGCUUUCUCAGACAGGAUGUGUGAUGAGCUUGUGGAGACCAUGGAGCAUUUUGGCAAGUGGUCUGGUGGGAAACACAAGGAUGAGCGACUGACUGGUGGCUAUGAGAACGUGCCAACUGUGGACAUACAUAUGAACCAGAUUGGAUUUGAGAAAGAGUGGCUCAAGUUUCUGAGGGAGUACAUUGUCCCUGUCACUGAGAAGCUGUACCCGGGGUACUCCUCCAAGGUGAGAGAGAGACUGCACCCCCCUAGCAGCGUGUUGACCUGCUACACUCCCAGCAUCCAUUGCUCAACCUCUCUCUUUCCCUUAUCUCUGCAGGGUCGUGCCAUCAUGAAUUUUGUGGUACGGUACCGUCCGGAUGAGCAGCCUGCGCUGCGGCCGCAUCACGACUCGUCCACCUUCACCAUCAAUAUCGCCCUCAACCACAAGGGCAAGGACUUCCAGGGAGGAGGCUGUCGAUUCCUGCGCUACAACUGUAAAGUGGAAGCCCCUCGAAAAGGCUGGUCCUUCAUGCACCCUGGGCGCCUGACACACUAUCAUGAGGGCUUACCCACCACGGAGGGCACCCGCUACAUCAUGGUGUCCUUUGUCGACCCCUAGGGACCAGUGAGAGGAUCGGGGGGGGGGGCCUCUUGUGAAAACGUUCAGUGGGGGUUCUUCAGCUCAUGUUGGGCUCCCAGUAACCAGGUAUUCUUCAGCACAAGACACAGCAUUUUAUACACAAUGGGAGUCUGGGUAGGAACAGGGUAGUUGCCUGUCACAUAACUGAGGAUGACCAUCAGCCAUAGUUUUACAGAACUGAAUCUCCUGGAAAACAGGAAAAGAUGAAUUGGAGGAUGGAACUGGGCAAAACAGCAAGAGCAUCAUGGUCCUGAACUGGUCUUGCUGUGAACCAGUUCUUUCAGUGAUGUGGGUGACAGGUGUCUGAUGGCACUACAUUGCUUCAUUGCCAGUCUGAGUCCAGCAGUCUGGACAAAGAGUAGGCAAUACCUUCAUGACAUCUGUGCUAUUUACACUGACAGUUUCUACAUAGUUUUCUUCCUUAAGUCACCAGUGCCUUUCUGCAGUUACUGAGAUAUGCUUCCACAGUGUGUCCUCCGCAGGGAUUUUUGAGCUGGUCGUUGCUUAUAUCAGUUGUCCCGUUAUUUUGUCCUUGUAUCUUGCACUUGUUAAGUAAACUCCCCAUUGUAUGAGAGCCAUCAGGAAGAAUGAAUGAUGACUUGCAUUUAUGCAAGG